AUCUUCUAUAUUCUGUGCAAAUCCGUGUGAACAGGCCUUCAUAGUAGAGAGUAGUUAACGGUCGCGCGCGCCACUUUUGCUUGGUUUCAAAUUCAUGCAAAAUAUUUUGCAAGUUUGAAUUCAGUAUUUAUAAGGCAGUGCAAUUCGAUUUUCUGCAGAUUCGUGAACUUCAUUGAAGAAUUUCGCCGUUAUCCUGAGCUAGUUCCCGCGCAAAUCUGCGUGCCGUUGUGCGAUUCGAGCUUCCCGAUAUGCUCGAGGAUGUGUCAUCUAGUUUUUUCGACUCCUUCGAGUCAAUCGAUCUCGACAGUGAAGUGUCCAAAUUGCAAGCCCUAUUGGAAGAAAAAAGUCUCACUCUUGAUACUGAACGUUUACUGCAAACGCUGGAACGAUGUUUUUCCGUGUGCUCAACUGAGUCUCUCGACGAGCGAAUUUUUCGAAAAGUUUUGCCGAAAGCUCAACACUUUCUGUUACAGAUCGUGGAAGCCGUAAAUAAUAUAAUAACGGACGAUAAUGCGAAACUCGAGGAUUUGGAUGGCAUCAAGUGUAAGUUGCAAGUUUGUGAUAAGCUUCUCAUCUUUUGGCAGAAAUGUGUGGAGCACAUUUCUGCGCUCAAGAAAGUUCGAGCUGCCUGCGUAGCAACAUUAUGCGAUAUUCUACCGGAAACAACGAGAAUAAUUUUUGAACAUUGCAAAGCCAGCCCAAAAUAUGGAGUUUUAUUGAGCGGCACGAUGCAGGAAUUGAGAAAUCUGUUUGCAAAGUCGAGCAUGGUCUUUAAGCUAUUCUUUGCCACUUUGAACGGCGUAAUCGUCUUCGACACGGACGUGCAAUCGGAAACGGAGCUGUUGACGAAAGUGGUCGAGGCGUACGGUAACAUGUCUUCUAUGGCGAACGGAAUGGACACCAAGACGUUCGUUGAGUUGUCCGAGGCAUUCGCCAAACUGGCCAUUGUUUAUCAGAAUAAAAUAAAAUCAAGCAACGUCUCGACACACCUCGCUCGAAUGGUGAGGGACGUGUCUUGCCUUUUGUCCACCGUCAAGGACCAGAAUGAUAAGAACGCAGAACGAAAUGUAAUGGUUGCUAUGCGUUUGCUGAGAAUUCUCGAAAAAUUAACAUCGUCUUAUGACGCAUCUCUCACGCACGAAACGAUAUCAGACUUGGUAGAACUUCUGGCACGAAUGCACGGAUACUCUUGUUUAACAAAAGGUAGCGAAAGAAUAAUUUUGGUCACCGCUACGUCUCUUUUAAAUAUUAUCUUCCGUCAUGACGAUUUUAAGCAGAUAUAUUUUGAGUACGGAAGGCAAAUUGUUCCACGUGAUCAAUCUGUAUAUAAAUUAAAUUAUCAUUUAUUGACGAUUGCUAUUAUAAAGAAACUGAAUGACAUGCCAUACGAACAUCAUUGCACGUGGUCUUUAGGAUCAGAUUCAAUCUUAGACGUUGCUUUCACAUACAUAGAAUAUCUUGAAGAAGAAAUCUGCGUCGGAGAUCUACAACUACCGGGAGUUCGCAGAAUCGACGAAGGACCGCGGUUCGUUGGCAUUUACGAGGCGACUCUAGUACCCAUUUGUAACUUGAUUAGUCAAAUUCCUCCGGAAGGUUUUUACGCGCUUGAAUUACUUCUACUAAAACAUUUAUUGUCCGGUCACCGUUGGAGUUCUUUACUAAGUUCAGAUGUUUGGUGCUUUAUUGGCAGACUCGGCUCUUCGCAACUGUGCGUCGAUCACGUUAAACAUCUAAUAAAAAUUUCCGCCACCUUGAUAGAACGGCCCGAUAGCAUAGAAGCAGUUAUGCUAGAUAACACAAUUGUCAGAUUGUAUGAUCUGUUAAAUGAAGAUAUGAAAUCUACUCUGUUCAACAACCUUAUCGACCAAGAUGUGGAUUAUUAUGCAUCUAUUUUGCAAUUAUUAAUGGCAAAAACCAAAUCUUUUUCAUCGGAACGAUUAAAGCGUAAAAUCGAGGACUUGCCGAAGGCUUUCUUAGACUUUCAAGAACAUCCUUCUACUCGCAAUUGGAAGCAUCUUAUGCGGAUCGUGUCUAUUAUGACACUAGUGGAUUACACUGAUAACAAAGAUAUUAUCAGUGUCUUAAUUAAAUUAUGGAGUUUUGUUGCGGAUGCGAUUAGCGACUGUGAAGGCAAGCAGUUGGAUUUACUGUCUGACUUGGUUAUUAUCUUGCUUGAUGCUACUCGCCUUAGAAAUCUUCAGGAUGACAGUUUUUGUGCGAUUCUGACGUCCGUCACAAUUUCAUGCGUCCAUUUACCGCCUCGAGGACAGAUCAAGAUCUGCCAUUUUUUACGACGAAAUGUUGAGAAUCUCGGCCGUUGCGGAGUUCAAAGCGUUGCAUCGACUUUGAUCGAAUUGUUUAGUCACUUACUGGAAAACGAGAAUCCCUGGGUGAGUCAAGAUGCCCUAGAGACCUUCGAGCACGUGGGGCAUAUGUGCCUAGAGCAGCUGGUCGCUAAAAUAGCAAAGGCUUUGGCAAAGUUACCCGGCAUCAGCAAUGUUAUGCAAGCCUACUUAUCCUCGAGACCGUACUAUAUCUUCAAGAAUUUUACAAACGUGCAGGAUUAUCUUAGAUACUUGAUUAGAACAGUCCAAAAUCGCAACGAUGAACAUAGAUGUCAUGAAUAUAAUGAAACCGAAAGAGAAGAGAAGAUACCGAAGCUGGAAGAAGAGAAAAACUCAUGUGACGAAAUCACCGCUCCGAUGUUAACUCAGCUGGACGAACAGGCGGAAGAUUUACACAAAGGAUUGAAAAGGGUGUUAGAAAAUCAGGCUGUUAUCAGUGAAGCGAUGUGUAGAAAACUGAUAAUCGUUCUCGAAAAAAUUCUCCGAGUUCAGGGAAACGAAAAUUCGCGGAACUGAUAAUUCUUUGAGAUAUAUUGCGAUCAAUAAUAAUCCAUCAGUGAGGGGAAGAUUAUCAAAAUUGCGAUAAAGUAAAUAAGGCAAAAAAUAUAGAAAGUAAAUAAAAAAAAUCUAGGGGAAAGUAUUAUUAAAUAAA